AUGCGUGAAAGCGGUAUUCCCCCGUCGUUUGAUGAAAUGAAGGAUGCCCUUGAUUUGGCAUCAAAAUCCGGAAUUCAUCGGUUGAUCACGGCUUUGGAAGAACGCGGUUUUAUCCGGCGUCUGCCCAAUCGGGCCCGCGCACUUGAAGUGAUCAAACUGCCGGAAAACGCAACCGGAUCACCGGCGCAGAAGCGGUUCUCGCCGAGCGUCAUUGAAGGAAAUCUUGGCAGAAAACCUGCGGCUGAACCGUCGCGUCCGGCCUUCAAUGCCAAUGAUGACGAUGCUUCGCGCUCGGUCUCUAUUCCAGUCAUGGGGCGCAUUGCAGCGGGUGUUCCAAUUUCUGCCAUCCAGCACCAGAGCCAUACCAUCGCUUGCCCGCCGGAUCUGAUCGGUCAGGGCGAACACUAUGCGCUUGAGGUCAAAGGUGAUUCCAUGAUCGAAGCCGGCAUUCUUGAUGGCGAUACGGUGGUAAUCCGUCGUGGCGACAGCUGCAACAAUGGGGAAAUCAUCGUAGCCCUCGUCGAUGAAGAGGAGGCAACAUUGAAGCGGUUCCGCCGCAAG